GAUCAUCCCCGUCAACCAGCACCGCAGAACUUGGUAACCUCCUCUCUAUUCACCCCAGGAGACUACCUGCAUUAUGUCCGGCUCUGUUCCAAACUUACCCCGCGUGCGGGCAUGUCUCUUUGACAUGGAUGGCCUGCUCAUCGACUCGGAGGAUAAAUACACCGAUAUCACAAAUGCCAUUCUUGAAGAAUACGGAAAACCUCCGCUUCCCUGGUCUAUCAAGGCCCAAUUGCAGGGUCGUCCUCAGCCAGAUGCCAGCAGGAUCUUUCACCAGUGGGCUCAGCUCCCCAUCUCCCCAGAGGAAUACGGCGUGAAGCAAUCCGCCCUGCAGGAGAAAUACUUCCCUCUAUCUCAGCCUCUUCCCGGAGUCAGAGACCUCCUCGCUAACCUCCUCUCCACUCAAACCACCGACAGCCCCGUAUACAUUGCUUUGGCUACAUCUUCCCACAGCAAGAACUUCGUGCUCAAGUCCGAUCAUCUGGGAGAUUUGUUCUCCGCAUUCCCAAAGUCCCAGCAGGUGUUGGGUGACGAUCCCCGGAUUGGCAAGGGAAGGGGUAAGCCGCUCCCUGACAUCUAUCUCCUUGCCCUCGAGACUAUCAACUCGAGCCUGCGCACAAAGGGAGAAACUGAGAUCAAGCCGGAGGAGUGUCUCGUCUUUGAGGAUGCGGUGCCUGGUGUUGAGGCUGGGCGGAGGGCCGGUAUGAGGGUCGUCUGGGUCCCGCAUCCGGGUCUGUUGGAGUCGUAUAAGGGUCGCGAGGGUGAGGUGCUGGCUGGGCUCACUGGAGAACAUAAGGAAGAGGAGAAGACUGAGCCUGAGCGAAAGGCUGAUGAGAUUGUUUCCGGGCGGCUGAACAGUGCGGGCAAGACAGGGAAGCUUGACGAUGGGUGGGGCGAGCUAUUGCCUUCCCUGGAGAACUUCCCCUUUAAACGUUAUGGAAUCAAGCCUGCGUAAGAUUUGUCUACUUAGCUAUCGGCGAAGAAAUUCUGGCAAUCUGUUAUUGUACAUGCACGUCGGGCGGGGAGUAAGCCGUAAUACAUGUUUGAAAAGACAAAAGCGCUGAAACCGAAGGACAGUCUAAUGACAAGCGCAAAAACGAAACCUGAAAAGAUAGAGAACCUGAUAAACACGCAUGUGAAUUGAGGCAAUACAAAAAGACCCG